GUCCGGCCGGGGCGCCGAGGGUGCAGAUUCGGGCGGGAGCAACGCCGCGAUCGCUGUCGUCGGCCACGCGCCCUGGAGCCCCGGUCCGCCCCCGGGGACACGCAGGCAGGUUCGGGCGCGCCCCCUGGUGGCGCCUCGUGGGGCCGCGGGUCCCGGUCCAGCCUGCGCGCCCAGCUCCUCGCGCUGAAGCCCGCGCAUGCGCGCAGUUCGCCCCGCCGCUGUUUGGCCGUUUCCAUGGCUACGAAGAGCAUUGACAGGGGGGUCUGGGAAGGAGAAAAUGAAACUCAAGAGCCUCCUGCUCCGGUAUUACCCUCCAGGAAUUAUGUUGGAAUAUGAAACGAGUGGAGAACUGAAGACCAAAUGCAUCGAUUUGCUCAACCUCAGUCCCAGUACGGACGUCAAUGCCUUAGUAGAGGAGAUACAGAAAGCGGAGCCGGUAAUCACAGCUUCACGAUCAGACCAAGUAAAGCUUUUACUACGGAGAUUACAAGACAAACUCAGGCAGCACAGCAACCACCAAUUCUAUCUUUUUAAGGUUCUCAGAGCACAUAUACUGCCAUUGACUAAUGUUGCACUUAAUAAAUCGGGGUCUUGCUUUAUUACAGGAAGCUAUGAUCGGACGUGUAAACUUUGGGAUACUGCAUCUGGAGAGGAGCUUCAUACCCUGGAGGGCCACCGGAAUGUGGUUUAUGCCAUAGCAUUCAACAAUCCGUAUGGUGACAAAAUUGCCACUGGAUCCUUUGAUAAGACUUGUAAGCUAUGGAGUGUAGACACGGGAAAAUGUUACCAUACCUUUAGAGGUCAUACAGCAGAAAUAGUGUGUUUGUCAUUCAAUCCUCAAAGCACCCUCGUGGCCACUGGCAGCAUGGACACAACAGCCAAACUGUGGGACAUUCAGAACGGAGAGGAAGCGCUCACUUUGACGGGACAUUCGGCUGAAAUCAUCUCUUUGUCCUUUAACACCUCCGGAGACAGAAUCAUCACAGGGUCUUUUGAUCAUACAGCUGCAGUGUGGGAAGCUGAAACUGGAAGGAAGGUGUAUACCCUAGUUGGGCAUUGUGCUGAGAUUAGCAGUGCUUCAUUCAACUGGGAUUGCUCUCUGAUAUUAACCGGCUCUAUGGACAAAACCUGCAUGCUGUGGGACGCUGCAAAUGGAAAAUAUGUGGCAACAUUAACAGGCCAUGACGAUGAAAUACUAGACAGCUGUUUUGAUUACACUGGAAAACUUAUUGCUACUGCUUCAGCCGAUGGAACGGCAAGGGUUUUCAGUGCAGCCACAAGGAAAUGCAUUGCCAGAUUGGAAGGCCACGAAGGUGAAAUUUCAAAGAUUUCUUUCAACCCCCAAGGGAAUCGUCUUCUAACGGGCAGCACUGAUAAAACAGCGAGAAUCUGGGAUGCUCAGACUGGUCAGUGCCUCCAGGUUCUUGAGGGGCACACUGAUGAGAUCUUUUCAUGUGCUUUCAACUAUAAAGGCAACAUAAUCAUUACAGGUAGCAAGGAUAAUACCUGUAGGAUAUGGCGUUGACGGAAGAGAGCGGCUGAUGAGCGGAUUUGCUAGCGAUGGAGGUGAAGGUAGAGCUUCACAGUUGUCAAGCAAGCUAUUUUCAUGUUUCACAUCUUCUCUUUUUCCACACGUCAACUAUAUGCUGUCGUUAGCUUCGCAGAUAUGACCGUUAAAACUAAUAAACUUAUAUCACGUCUUCAUAGUAUUUGAUGGAAAUGGUAGGACAGGCCACAAUGUGUGGCCAAUGUUACUGGUGAUUGCAUCUUUGUUUUUAUUUUUAGUAGCAUCAUGAUAGUGAUAAAGGA